GCGCGCUCGACGAGGCAAAGGGGGGGUUGGGGGGAGGGAGAGGAGCCGGGGGAGCGCGCGCUCGUAUGUAAAUGAGCGGGCGUGAGGUCAGAGGCAGAUGGAAAAGGGAACAGAAGGAAUGGCCGCCGCGGCUCCCGCUCCUCCUGCCGCCGCCUCCCAGUGCCGGAGCCCCCGCUGCACGGCGGAGCGCAGGGGAGUCCGCCGAGAACUCGACUCCUGGCGGCACCGGCUCAUGCACUGUGUGGGUUUUGAAAGUAUUUUAGAAGGGCUUUAUGGACCAAGGCUACGAAGAGACCUCAGUUUAUUUGAAGACUGUGAGCCAGAAGAGCUAACUGACUGGUCUAUGGAUGAGAAAUGUUCCUUUUGUAAUUUACACAAAGAAACAGCCAGUGAUCGUGCAUCAGUUUUCGGUUCUUCACAGUCAACGCCUACAGAGGAACUGUCAUCUCAGGGCCAGUCCAACACUGAUAAGAUUGAAUGCCAAGCAGAAAACUAUCUAAAUGCACUCUUUCGAAAGAAAGAUCUUCCUCAGAACUGUGAUCCUAACAUUCCCCUAGUUGCUCAGGAAUUAAUGAAAAAAAUGAUCCGUCAGUUUGCGAUUGAGUACAUUUCAAAAAGUAGCAAAAUUCAAGAGAACAGAAAUGGUUCAUCAUUUGAACCAAGUCUGAUGUGUAAAAGUAUCCAAAUGAACCAAACGGAAAACUCCCUUCAGGAAGAACAGGAUAGCCCUCUAGACCUCACUGUGAAUCGAACUCAAGAGCAGAAUACUCAGCAAGGGGAUGGAGUGCUAGAUCUCUCUACAAAGAAAAGCGCAAGGUUGGAAGAACCAAAAUAUGAUCCAUUGUGUUCUGAAAACUCAGUGUCUGGUUCAAGCUCAACAGCUGAUGCAAAUUCAGAGGAAACAGCUAAUUUGGAAAAAGGAAAAUCAACAUUAAACAAAGUUUUGGAGUCUUUUUGUUCAUAUCACUGGCAACAGACUUUGGCUAUGUUAAAAUUCCUAAUACAGGAUGAAAAUGUUCCUAUAGCUUGCAGUUGCAAGCAAACACAUUUGGUCCACUCUGAAACUCCCCUUACUGAAGAGGAUGCUGAUGUUCCAUUUUGCAGUUGCAAUGGACAAAUGCUGACAAAAAGGUGCUGUUUACAAAAUCAAAGGCCAAACACUUGUUUUCCACCUCUGUCUGUUUGUAUUAAAGAUUUCGAUUCUUUGUCAUGCCAAGCUGUAGCAAUUGGAUGUAUUAAGACAAUGGUGAACAAAGCAUGUAGUUCUCCUAAGUAUUGUGCUGAGCAAUUGCAAAAUUAUAACAGGCAUUCUGUGAAAGCAGCAGCAUGUACAUAUUCAGCUAAGGACUGUGACCUCUUAAGCAGCAUUAAAAGUUCAAACAGAUCCCGCAGCCCAUCACCACCUCCACUGUCACCUGUACACAGUAAAGAAUUUGAAUUGUCAGAAGGAAUGGUUAUGGAUUUUCCAACUUUAGACAACAACAAGCUUGAAAUAUCCAUCAACCAGCCUCCAUCCCUCUUGCCUGCUGAAGGAAGCAAGGGAGAAUUUGAGCAUGAGGGUGAAACAUGCAAAGGAAAAGAGAUUGACUAUUCAGAUGGAGCACUGGUAUCAGCAGACCAAGAAAGCAGUGAUAGUUAUACGAACUCUGAGAAAGGUGAACAUUCUGCCAUUUUUCAAGAUUUAAUGGACCGCAUUAAUGAGAAGUUGAAAUCAAUAGACACUACAGAUCUAGCAACAAAUCUUGUAAAACUUUCUAGCAGUGACAGGGCGCCAGAAAAUGAUGUCAAAUUAGGAGACUUCAUAACUUCUCUUUUGCAUAAUGCUAAGGCAAGUGAUUACAGCUUUAUGGAAUUACUUCGCCAACAUGAUAAACAAGUGGAAAAUAAAAUUAUCCAAACAAGAUUUCGCAAGCGUCAGGAAACUUUAUUUGCAACAUAUAAUUCUCCUGAUUCACCAGUCAUUCGUCGACAGUCUUUGCAAAUCAAGAGGGAGCUUGCAAGCCUUGAUGAAACUCUUGUAAGAAAAAAAUCAAUUUGUGAGAGAAAUACAAAGAAAGCUACAAAAAAAUUUGAUAAAAUACAUCCAACUAAAAGACAUAGUUUUACUGUGAUAGAAGAUGAGACUUUGCAACAUCUUGAAAGUAAUCCAUGCAUGAAUUGCCAAACCAAACCAAUGGGCUUUCCAGUACACCAAACAGAGUCUUUCAAACUACCUCUUACUAAUUUUCAGACGAGUUCCAGCUUUUUAGUUCUUUCAGAAAACAGUGCUAUUGCAGCCAGCCAAGCAAAACUCCCAAAUACGGAAGGAGAUUGUGCAACCUUUAAAGAGACUGGUCAGAUUCCUCUGAAGGAUGAGAGCAAUGAAAUCUUGGGAAGAAGUAAACGUACCAUUGUGCCUCCUGGAUGGUACUCUGUGUAUGUAACAAAUAAUAUCAUGUUUAGAAAGUCAUCCAGUGCAAAAAAGUCUUUGAGAAGUUUGGAAAAAAUGAAAAUAAAUAAAAAGGUUCAUGCUGAAAGAUGCAGUGACAUAAAUAUAAGCAAAAUUAUGAGAGAUGCAAAUCUACAAGUUGUUGUGGAGCGUUUAGAAGAUACAAUAAACUUAGCCAGAAAGACUAGCAACUCAUUCUUGGAUAGUUACAAAAUAAGCCAAAAAUUAAAUGAUAAUGCUUAUGAACAGGUUAUGAACCCAGCUACUAGAAGGGGCUUACCUUUCACUCUGAGUGAAACAGGAUGCACAGGACAAAGCUUCCUUCCACAUUCAUAUGUGCCAAGCAGCAGUAAAAUCAAGGCAAUUUGUGUUGCAUCAAACACACAAGAAACUGUUAUAGAUCAAGAAAUUAAUGACAGCCUGUUGAAAUCUCUGACCUUUAAUUCAAGCAGUUCAACUUCCAGUAAUGGGGACUUGCAUGUAACAUCUGAAGCUGGGGAGAUCUCAUCUCCCUUAAACUACUCUAGUCCUAUUAAGCUUAUGUUUGUCUCAGAAGUUAGUAGUCACGAAGGAGUCAAAUAUACUCUGACAUCUGCAGCUGCAUCUUCUAAGGGAAGCACAGAUCUUUGUUUGUUUCAAGGGCACACAAAUACUUUGUUAGAUAAACGGGCCACAGGUGACCUUUCUCAUGCAGUCUGUGUCAAGAGUUGUGAUUGCACUGAAAAUGAUGCUAAGGAGGGGUCAAGCUGCAUUUACGCGGAAGCAGCUACAGGCUCUUGUCCGGUUGGUCAAAUUAAUAUAAAUGACUCAAAAAAAAAAGAUGAAGUUGUGGAGAAAUCAAGUAGUAGCAGUGAAUUAGUUUUCAAAAGAAAACCUGGUAGACCAAAGAAAAUAGGUCCUCAAGUAGUCAAGCAGGUUAAAAGACCUAUUGGACGGCCUCCUAAACCAAAAGUAGACGUGAGUGGAAGCACAAAACCUAGACCUGAACUUAGCUGUGGUGCUAAAAGCACCAAGUCUGAUGCAGCAGCAAUAGAAGAAGUUAACAUUAACAAAAAUAUUACUGUGACAGUUGUUUUUGGAAGGUCAAGAAGAACUAAGAGACAUGUUUCUGAAGGUAAUCUAAAUCUAAUCAGCAUUCUGCCCACACAACAUGUUGAUGUUAAUUUUGCCAAUGAUCCUAGCAAAGCAAGGCAUAAUGCAGAAACUGGAAAUGCUUUGACUGAAAUGGUAAAAGCCUUCCAGAAUCCUUCUGCUGAAGGGGAGGUCUCUGGUUAUGACUAUGUCAGGCCUAUCAAGAGUAAUCUGGCAUCACCACAUCCUUGCAGCAAUGUUAUACGGCAGAUGAAGAAACCAUUAACCACCGUUCGAAAACCUGGCAGGCCAGCAAAAGUAAAAAUUUCUGGCAUAUCAGUGACUGUCAGUAGACUUUCACCUCAGGAAAGAAAAGUGAGCAUCAGUAACAGUUUGCCUCCUUUACAACCACAGAAUGUGUUAGAAAAAAACAUACCACAGGAAAGAAAAAAUCAACUGUGCAAUAAUAUGGAUCAAGUAAAGAACAUGCAGAAAGAUUCUAGAGAGGAUGGAUCACUCAGUGUUACUACAACAGUGUCAAGGAAACGUGAAAUUCCAUCGAGACACUCUGCUAGAGACAGAAAACCUUCACUGCAUUUUUUGCAUUCCUUAGCAUCUUCUAGUGCAUUUACUUGUAGAAGUGCCUUACUACAUAAAUCUUACAAACUCCAUUUGAAAAAAGCUAAAGAGCGAAAGGAAAAACUUACGCAAUCAAAUCAGAGCACAGCAUCCAAAGAUACCUCAGAACUGAGAAAUUCAGGAAAUGCUAAAAAGGAUCUUAAGGAUGGUGAAUUGGGGCCCAUUAAUGAAGUAUCAUCAGAUCCCAUUUUUUCAUCAAAUCCCUCUCUCAGGUGGUGGCCUACUUCCACUUCAAGUGACACCUUGUUGGAAGAACUGAACAAUAGAUUUGAACAGAUGACUAAUACCUGGUUGAGAGUGGGGGGAAGUGACUUUGACAAACGUGUAUGUCAAAAAAGGGAUCUCAUUGAACAAGACUGUAAUACUGAAAUGUCAGACUCUUUAGACUCCUGCCUUGUAGAACUUGAAACAUCACCUGUAAAAAUGCUUUUCCAGAAAAAGUGUAGUAUGAAUGAACUCUGCACCUGGUUUAUGCAAACUACAGAAACACAGUCUCUCUCUCUUGUGAGAAAGGCAAAUGCUCGCAAUCCCUUAGAAGUAGCUAGUACUAGAGAGAUAAAGAUGGAAACUAAACAAUCUGAUCCUAGUACUUGCCCUUUCAGAAAGCACUUUAAAAAGUUUGCACUAUCCUCCCCUUCAAAACCAGCAGGGAAAUUGCAAAUAUUACAUAACAUGGUGAGGUCUCCAGUCUUAAGCAUGAAAAGUAAUUUCACUUUAGCCAGAUUAAAAAGAAAUGAAUUUAAGAAGUUGCAGCGUGAUAGGUGGGGGCAAACAAAAAAGCUCUAUAAUCAGGCUCCUGGAGGCUGGAAAUCAAAAAAGAAAAAUCUGCAGUUAUUUUGCCAAAGCCAAUUGUUUAAAAGUACAAGUGGGGAAGCCAAUGAUGAAACACCCAAGCUCCAGGAGAAAAAUACAGUAGAAAUCCAGCCCACUCAGACUUUGGUAGAUUCUCAAAAGAGCCCAUUGCCAAAUGAAAAUGAAGCGAGAGAUGCAUUUGUUCAACAGAUGAUGGGAUCUUCUGACUUUAACCCACAUCCUGGUUUAGCAAAUAUACUUAAGUCACAUUCAGAGGCAAAUGGAACAAUUCGUUGCCAGCAAAAUGUUAGAAAAGAACAAAGCCAAGAUAAACUGUUUCAAAAUACUUGGAAAGCCAAAACCUUUAAAGACUGUAGGAUAUUUCUGAGAAAAAUCAACCAUCUUGAGCAGCACAAUUCAUUUAAGUUAAAUAGUGUGAUUUAUUCUCCUGAAGCUGUUGACAGUAAAAGCACUCAGGCAUAUAUGGAAGAAAAAAGACAUCCUCUUUUAAGGUCCCAUUCUACUAAACAAAAUACAUUAAAGAAACAAGAAAACGAAGUGGAAACAUCUAAAGGUUCUAAUUCUUCUAAAGUGACUGAAAAGCUGGAUGGCCAGUUUCACAGCAGAAAAUUAAGUAGUAGUGUAAACCAGGACGAUAAUCCUGCUGGUAGUUCUGAAGGUCUUACUAGAAUAAAUAAAAGAAAAAGUCCACAAUGGGAGACCACUGAUACAAAUUUAAGAAAAAGGCAUAAGAGACAAUCAUGCAGUAGUGGACAAAUGGCACCUUAUUACCCAAAGUACCAAGUAGGUUGUAUACUAUCAUCACUAGUAAAUUACUCCAUAAAAUUCUAUGACUUCUUCAUGCCCACUUCAGUGACAACUUACAUUAAUAUUCUACUUCCUUGUUCUUGAAGAACCCUGUGCCUUCUGUGGACUGCUAAGGAGUCUGUAAUGGGGAAACAUGGUGUUUCUUGUCAAAAAGAUCACAUGUUCUACAUGACCUUUUCAGUCAGGCUGAUUUAAAUAAUUACAACUUUAGAAGGGGGAAGGAAUGUUGUUGCUAUUUAAACUUGUCAAAAUAUGUUCAAGUCUGCCCUGUAUUUUGGGGAGUCAUUAGAAUGGAGCUUUGUACUUCCAUGGCUGUGCAAACCUGAUUAAUUUAUUUUUUAAAAGAGCUUAAAUGAAAUUGGAAUUUAAACCUUUUAUGUUGCCUAUGAUGUGUUUGUAAUUUUCUGAGGCUGACUGCUUUUGGGGGAAAGGUUAUGUUAUUUCUCUGAGUGCACUCUGAAACUGUUGCCAUCCAUUCCACUUGCCAAAUGUUUACCUGAGAUGUAACCACCUGCUGUUGGAUGUUACUGUUGUGCUGUGAAGAUGAAGCACUAAUGUCCAGUGCUGCUAUAUACUAUAGUUAUGUAUAGCUAUAUAUACUGCUAUAUAGUACUGCUUGUCUCUGUGCAAAUUAAACUUAAAGCUUGAAUAGUGUAUAGUUAUCUCAAUAUAUAGAUUCAGAAAAAAGCUACCAGUAAGUAAUUCUGCUCUUUAACAAGCCAAGAGUGCUCACAAAUGCCUCAUUUUCAUGUAUUUCAUUCAUUUAUUUUUUUUUUUUCCUCUCCUCAAAUCAACAAAACAACUCUGAGUUAGUCCCAAAAGCAAAAUAAACUUUCCACCAUAAUUUCAGUCUGGAAUUAUGGCUGGUUCUGACUUCUCAUUCUGUCUUUUUUUGUCUCCAUUCAGUUCACCUCCUGCCUUGGUAUUCUGUGCUGUUUUAUUUGUUUUAGCACCCCAGCUGUGUUAAAUUUGACUGUUAUAUCUAACUUUUGAGACUCCUUGAAUAUUGCUUAUCUCCCCAUCUUGCUUUGAUUGAUUUCCAGGGCAUUUCUUUCUCUCACUGAUUCCCAAAUGAGAUUCCAUCCACAACAGCUGAAAUAUGUUAUUUCAUGUUGCAAUGAGAACCCAGUCGGUAAAUGGAAAUAAGAUAUUAAAAAUUUUCUUUGUAGAUUUAUUUUCUGCUGGGUUUUGACAUUGUGGAAAAAAUGAGUUUAAAUUUUAGAGACAAUCAGUCAGAGUGUGCAUGCUUGGUUUACUUCUUUUCAAUAUAUAUUACAUUACCAAAUCAGUCUCUGUUGGAAAUCAUACUGAGGCUACUGUAGUCAUUGUAGAUUGCCAUUAUAGAUUUUAGCUUAGCGUAUUCCACUAGUUCCUUUUUUGAGAAAUUGUUUGAGUGGAGUUUAUACAGAGAACAUUCUUUUAAAUUCUGCUGAAGUUUUACUGUUUCUACUUAGUGUUUUUGAAACCUUUCUGUGAAAGCCUCGAGUCAGUGCUAUGUGUCACAGAUGCUCUUAUGCUUUCCAAGCUACCAGUCUGCAAACACUGGCAGUGUUUAACAAGUGCAGUUUGCAGAAUUUCUGUCAGACAGGAGGGUAAGAGCCAGUUUGACCUUGUUCCCAAAUAGUGGGGAAGGAGAUGUUUUUAUCUGUAGGUGUUGCAAAAGACUUAGAGAAACGUAGCCCUACAGUGAUACUUUCAUAGCUGUUUUACAGCACACCAGCACACAGUGUUGAUGGCAAUCUCUGAUGGGAAAUGCUGGGGACUGACCUAACAGAUAAGAGGCAUUUUUACCCAUUCCUACUUUUUCUUUUUCCUACCUUUUUUCAACAUGUUGUGACAGAUUAACUCAGCAAAUAUAUGGAUUUGAGCUAGCCAGAUUUUUUCAAACUUUAUCAUUUUCAUACAAAAACAACAGGUGUUAAAUAUCCUGUUUUUCCAGAAGAAUGUGACUCCAAACUGCAGAAAAAUUAAGCAGUUCAAAGAAUAUUAUUUUCCUUUUGUACUUGGCACCAUCAGCUUUUCUGGUGUUGCUCUCCCAUCCUGCUAUUAAAAAUCAGUAUUUCUAAUACUGUAAUGAUGAUUUGGGUAAAACUAAAGAAAGAAAUGUGAUUUUAAAAAAAAUUAAUUGUACUCAGGCAGUUUAACAGAAGUGUGGAAAAGAACAAGGCUUUAUUUAGCACUUAGAAGCAUGGGGAGGCCACUCAUUGCUUACUUUAGUAGAAGGUUGAAUUCAAACCUUUCUAUUUAUUCCUUUUUAUUUAAUGAUAGGAGGAAAUUUUUGUAAGGAGAGAUAAUCCCUUUAGGCCCCAGCAGAUCUGGAAACUUAACUACACACAGGGUUCUCUGCUUAGCCAAGGAAACCAGAGAGGACCUGAGAAACCAUCAGUGUUACUCUGACCAGGCUGCAAAGAUGAGUUAGAAUAACACAGGGGUGAUUUGUUACAGAGGCACAGGCAACCCAUCCUUUCUGCAGCGCUGUUCACAGGUGGUAAAGUCAGAGGUGAUUCAGUAAUGGUGAUGGGGGAACUGGGAGUUACAACACACACAAAACCAUCCUGAAAUCCUCACUGACUGUUCCAGACCCAUUGGUUUGGCACACAGCAGUUUCCAAAGAAAGCCCAGAGAACAUGAGGGCAUUCCCAGCUUGCACUGACCCGGCAGUGUGUCCUGUCACCAUGCACAGCGUGUGCCCAUGUCCUCAGUGCCACACCUGCCACCCCUCUGUGCUUCCUGAGGCUCUGGGGAAGUGUCAAACCUCUCUGAGACUCAACAGGCCCCUUGCACAGAGCCAUGGCAGAGCACCUGCUGAGGGGCUGCUGAAUUUGGCUCCCCAAGGCAUUUUUUCAGAUUGCUCUCGUUUCAGAUC